UCCAAGCAACAACAGCACCAGCAGCAAAUAGCGGCCCCGACGACGGUUCUGCAGAGACGCGAGCGGUUGCGCAUCUACGAGUCCGGGGAGGACGUGACGCCGCGGAACCUCGUCCAUCCGGUUUACGGGCCGGUGUACGAUCGGCGCACCGCCUUCGACCAGACAAACCUGGGCAGCUCGCGCGCCACUAGCCUCGUCAGCGCUCCCUGCCAGAAGACCUCUUCCCAGCCGAUGGCCACCUGUUCCACCUCCUCCUUCUCGUCCGUCUACACGCUGGACGAGGUCUUGCAGUCGCUCGGCACGUCGGACAGGCUUGGGAGCUCGAGCAAACCCGUUCCCCUACUCUACCCUGGGAUUCCCGAGGUCGACGACGAUGCGCCCUCGCAGUACCGCCUGCCCAGGUCCGACUCGCGGGAGUUCCAGUCGUUGAGCGACCUAGUGACGCUCACGCUGCGGGAGACGGACACGUUCUUCCUCUUCGAGAUGCCCCAGUUGACGGAGGACGCGACGACGGAGGCGGGCCAAGCGGUGGUCGAGGAGAACGAGCAGUACUCGCGGAUCAGGGCGGGCGCCGGGCGCAAGACUGUCGCCUCCGAGACUCAGACCCCGCAGCUGUACACCAAGACUCGUGGGACCCUCGUCGAGAGGCUGGAGCGCAAAAACCGCGCGACAUUCGUCAACAACUGGGUGAUGCACGAUGCGUACCGGAGGGAGGCCGAGCUUGCUCUUGUCGAGAGGGAAGCCCCGGAUGAAGAGAACAACUUUAAAUUCCCAAGGGUCGAUCAACCCGACGAGGGUAACAACGUCGCCCACGAGCCGGCCGAUCAGCUGGAGGCAAUUGGCUCGAGGCCGGCGUACGAGGACGCAGCUCGGGUGAUGCUGCGCAUAUUGGCGAGCAAGGACUUUGAGUUGGCGCAAAAGCGCUUCUCGGGCCUGAUACGCCAGGACCCCUGCGACGAGAAUCUCGAGCUGGUCUACGGGCUCGAGCUGCUGUGGCGCCACUCGACUCCGGAGACAAGGGCGCGACCUGUGUCGGCUUUUCGCUGGAACCCGGCCAAUCGGAGCCUCCUCGCUGUUGGCUACGGGGCCGUCGCCGAUCCAAAGAAGCGGAAAAAAACUGACGAGGGAGCUCUAGCAUCGCAAUAUGGACUAGUGAUGGUUUGGUGCGGAAAAAAUCCCACCGAGCCUGAUCGCAGCUUCCGUUUCGAGAGUCCGGUCAGCGAUCUGGACUGGAGCACGAGCUCGCCGAACCUUCUGGCCGUGGGAUUUUACGACGGCCACGUUCGCGUGAUCGACGUAGGUACGAAGCAGUUGACCGUCGUUCGAGAGUCCAAGAGGCAGACUUCGCCGUCCUACGAGCCGCACUGGCAGGUCCAAUGGUGGCCGGUGAGCGGCGAGCUAGCGAGUUAUCGGAACUCCUGCGAGCGGCUCUACACGAGCAACCAAGACGGUCGAGUCUGUUUCUUCCCGGACGAAGGGGAGUUCGACCCGCGCGAGAUCCUUCACCUCCAGCGUAUCGAAGGUAAGAUCCCUGGGAUCCACCGAGCGAACUACUGUCUGAGUCGAGACGUGCCGAUCAGCCGUAGCCCAGCGGCUCUGGCGCUGUGCCGGCACCCGAAACAACGUGGCAUCUACCUCGUGGGCUCUGAGGAGGGCUGUGUCUUUCGGUGCUCGACGGAUCAGCCGCGCAGUCACUUGGAGGCUUUUCUAGCUCACGAUGGGCCGAUCUACACCCUUGAGUACUCGCCCUUCUGCCCGAAGCUUCUGCUGAGCUGUGGCGCCGACUGGACCACCCGUGUCUGGGCCGAGGGUCUCGAGGAGCCGCUUCUCACGUACGGCACGCGGAUGCUUUGUGUCGCUGAUGCCACUUGGUCGCCCAGAAGCUCCACGAUACUUGCCAGCGCCGUGGCCAACGAGAUCUGCAUUUGGGACAUCAGGCGUAAGACCCAUCGACCGGCGUCAGUGACGAAAGUAGCACCCGAAGGCGUGAGACUCACGAGACUCGAGUUUACACGCAGUGGCGAGCAGAUCGUCGCGGCGGACGAAUACGGCGAGGUUUACGUUUACGGGCUCGUGGGUAUGCCGUUGCCGGCUUUCGACCAGGAGCGCGCCCUCGUCGAUGGUCUGCACCAGGCGCUCGUCACCAAACCCGAACUUCUCGGGCGGCUAAGGAAGAUUGGCUCUCCUUUCGAUAGGGACGAUGUUUGA